AGAUGGGAGAGGAUCUUCGGCAUGAGAUGGAAAGAAAAUAGAAAUGUUUACAAGGGGAAAAAAGGGACACAAAGUUGCACUGCCACCUAAACAUGGGGUUAGCAGCUUCAGGUACAUAGAGGUGUUUUGUCUGGAGGAGCCAUGCUUCCUUUCUCAGUGCUGUCAUAGGAAAAGCAAGAAAGAAGAUGGAACUGCUCAGUGGUAUCUCAUUAGUGAAGAAAUCAUUACAGGAGUCUCAGUCCCCUGCCUGUCAGAGAGAAGCACAGCUGAUUGCCAAGUUGGAUGCUUGCAGAGAUCAUCACAUAGACAACAGCAGCUUUAACUACAGGCAUAGUUCUAGAUUUGCUAGCUGUGUCCUACAGUAAAUACACAGACUAGGGAUCAGGCAGCAGCAGCCCUGCAGCACAGGACUUUGUAAGUUGCUGUGUGUGUGGUUGUUCCUGGGAUGUUUUGCCAGGUCUGUUCCUGGUUAGGUUGGGUUUACAGUAUGAUGGAGGACAGUGAUAGUCCAUACUGAUGUGGGCUUUCUGAUGUCAGUGGAAGGAUUCCUGGUGAUGUCUAUCAGGUCGACAACACAUAAAUGCCCGGUUAUCAGAUUCAGUUCCUUAAAUACGGAUGCUCAAGUUUGGAAAUGUUUGUUGCUUGGUUGCCCUUUUUAGUAAGGCCUUUCUAGGGGAAACCAGUGAGAUCAGUAGACUUCACAAUGAAAAUCUAACUGUAGUGCAUGGCCCUCACCUAAAGCCUGUUCCUGCAUAGCACUGCAUUCCUCUAGUGAGUCCUCCAAACAAAGAGGAUUUGGGAGUACUUGGCAACAUGUCAGAUCUGUUGGAAAGGAGAUAAAAGAUGUUACUGUCUCUCUAUCUAAUUUGGAUGCGGAUCUGUCUCCACUGUGUUCAUCUGGAGCUUUGGGUUUUUUUUGGAGAAUGUAUUAUGUGGGCCUCUCGGUGUCCAGCCUAUGAAAUCAAAUAUGUUCUAGAGAUCCUCAGUGAGGUGGAAGACCAACCUGGAAAAUCCAUCUCAGAGUCGAGCAUUGCAGAGGCCCAUUAGGUCAGACCUGGACACUGUAUGGCCCAGUUGGCUUGGUGACAGUUCUGUGCUAGUACAGCAGGAGUCUGUCUGAGUCCAGCUGGGCUGGUGCACAGCUAUCACAGGGUCUCUGCACUGCUCUUGCUUGCCCCUGCCUAUAAAAGGUACUGGUUUGUCACACUGCUGGCAGCAACAUGUCUGACCAUAUGAGGAUGCUGCUGGCUGGCCAGCCUUGAGCUCUAGGCUUUGUCCUCCAGAAAAGAGUCAGGAUAAUCUAAUCUCAAGAAGUCCCUGGCUUGUUACAGCUAAAGCAUGUCCUGUUCUUAGUUAAGUCCACUGCAUAUUUUGCAGUGCUACCUGAAAGCCCCAGUAUGACUCUGCACCUUUAUGAUACAUGUUGCUUGGACAAAAGCUUCUUAAAUUUCAGUUUCAGUCAGGUAAGUGUUAUCUUAAAAGCAGAAAGGCAGAGAGAUGAAAAGUGCAUAAAUAUAUCAAUGACAUAUUGGUUUGCUGGUUUGCUCUUUGCUCCCUCAUAGUGACUGAGGACGCUAUGAAUACAGCACCUGUGCUAUUUGCAUAUAGAAAGCUCCUUUUAUCACACAGCAGUCUCUUCCAGACCAUUAAAUAAUGGCCCUGAUACCCAAGUAAAGAUUUACCUGCAUGCCUAGUUGAGAUGUAUGCAAAGGUUUCCAUUCUACUAUGAACUCAAAAUAGCUUUUGUAGCUUGGCUGCUGUCUCCAUACACAAAAGGCUCCAGCCUCCUGUACAGGAAAUUUGUUCAUCCAACACUGUCUUCAAAAGAAAAGGAGAUCGAUGACUGCCUCGUCCAGGCAAAAGACCGGAGCUAUGAUGCCCUUGUGCACUUUGGGAAGCGGGGGCUGAACGUCGCAGCCACGGCAGCCGUCAUGGCAGCUUCAAAGGUCUCUCAGCUACUUCAUUUACACUUGUAUUUGGACCAGGAAAAAGGGCAGGGACAGGGGGCCCUGUCUGAAAGAUUGAGGAGCUUUAGCAUGCAGGAUCUCUCGACGAUUCGUGGAGACAGCAGCAGCACUGUUCCUCCUUCAGUCACUGUACGAACAAGUAGCAAACAGAGCCAGCCAAAAACAUCCAGAAGUGCAUCGGAAGGCACUGGCAGCUCAGGUGCUUCCACCCCCACCCAUUUCCCUGCAUCCUCGAUCCAUACCAGUCUAUUACAGUUCUCUGCAAGUGCAGCUCUCGGAGUCACUGCCUGAAUUUACAACUGAUCAGUGACUGUGGCAGGGACAAGAACCUGAAGCGUUACUGACUGGAUGUGUUGAGGAGUGCUGCUGCAAGUGGGGUUUUCCUGAGGAAGGGGGCAUCGCUAGGCCACAGCCAGCCUUACAAGCGGAAAAGCCAAGUGCUGCUGUAGCAACUGUAACCCUUUUCACUUUGGGACUGGCAUCCCUGUGCCUGGGAGCGUGUGUGAGCAUCGCUCAGUCAUAUGGGGGUCACAGUCUUUGAUGGAAGAGUACAUACACAGAUUGCCAAAGGGAGUGCUUUUAUAGCUUCCUUUAUUUCUCUGGUAUGGCUGUCGGGGAUGUACAAAGGCCGAAGAAUUAGUUUUGUGUCUAGCACAGGCUCUUCGUUUUCUCAACAGGAGAGAUAGCCACAUUGAAGAGAGAAUAGCAGCCUUGUGAUAACACGAUGUCAAAUGCUACCCUCAGGUGAUGAAACAACCUAGCUAUGGUCACUCAGGCUGUCUACUAGUAAUGAGCUGUGUACUCGGGAAGAAAUCUGAGUUUGAUCCAGAUUAAAAAUAUUUCCUGUACUGUUUUUGAGGGAUUAUUUUUAACUCAGACCAAUUUGUUGAUCUGCGUUCCUGGAAGCCUCCAAAAUAACUGUUUUGGAAGACCUUUGUGGAGAUAUGUUAUGAGAUCAAGAGGCCAGGAAUGGGAAGCUCUUCAAGCCAGCUUUGCUACUGAACAAAUGGUACAUGAAAGCACACCCUAGCUUACAACAGUGAGGCAAAGACAAGAGAUGGCUCUUUAGGUUAAGGUUACAGGAGUUUAGGUGGGUCCCAUUCCCUGAACAAUGAAAACACAACCAGUUCUGGCGUGGAACUUGGUGGUGUUAGUUCCAGUCCUGUUGUGUGACUGUGAGCAGAUAUGACAUCUGAAAGAAAGUGAUUUGGAAAGACAGGGGGAUGGAGAGAGGUUUGUUGUCUUCCCUGCACAGAUGACACUGCUGAAACCCCCCCACUCCUUCUGUGAGCACCAGGAGUGGUUCAGCUUCUGGUUUCACAUCUCUCAGGUAUGUUUCCAAGCCCACUGAAACCCAUGAAAAGACUCUCCUGACACUGGUGGGCUUUGGCUGUGGCCAAAAGCUAGCUGCAGGACCACGCUGUACUCAGGCUACAUUGAAUGACUGCUCAGCUUGUUUCGUUUCCAUUGUUGUUAUUUUUAUGUGACUGAUGCGGGGUAGAUGGAUUUGUGACUCUCUGAAUCUCCUCUUGACACAAAGCACCGUGUGAAGUGCUUGGCAUUUACUUAGUAACGACUGCAUGCAGACACAGCAAAGGUUUAUUUUUGCCUGCUGAAGAGUGUCUUAUGAGGCCAAGAAAUAGAAUAUGCAAGAGCUGCCUUUGAGACAAGGGAAUUAUUCCUUCUUUUCCUUGACCUUUUGCUGCUUAUUUUUUUACCUCUACCUUUUGCUGUCUUUGCUGCCUUUCAGUGGUGUCUACUACACAUUGAGCAGUCUCGCUUAUGUGGAUGGCCUUCCACAGGAGCCGGACUGCUGAGUGUGUAAUGGGGCUCCAGUUAUAUUCAUGCCCAUACCACAGAAAGACCCUUCUCCUCUUCCUCACACCCAGUCAAAAGCUACAUGCAGACAACAUGAAGGGGCAAAGGCUGCUUUUGCCAUGAUUUGUGUGUGGCUGCUAACACCACCACCCCUCUCUCCAUUACAUGAGGCAUUGCCACCGCUCCAGUGAAGCAUGUGCACACCUUCCUUUGACACACACUGAGGAAACAUGAUGAUCAGCCUUCCUCCAUGUAGCAGGCCCACCACCUGUCUUCUUUAUCUGAUCUCUUGCUUUGCUCUUAGUUCAGCAUUUCUCAUUUUAGUGUCCUGGCACCCUGAUGAUAGCCUGUGAUAUUUUAGCUUCAAUGCCUGUUCCAACCUGUGCUUCUUCCAUAGGCAGAACUGUCUCUUUCCUUUGGGAACUGUAAAUGUCAUGUGCUACUCAUAGUUAUGGAAAACUGGAGGCUCCAGAGCAACAUUUCCAAAUAUUUUUCAAGGCAAUCCUGUUGUUCUGGCAAAUGUCCAGUAACAAUCUACAUACAGAUGUGACUAUCAAUGGAGUGUGUGGGGGUGUGUGUGGCUUUUGCACUUCUUAACCUUACAGUAUUGCCUUAAAAACAUCCUGGACUGUGCAGAUAAAACUUGUUCACUUUGUGAUGGCUGGUGAGUGACACAUGUGACUUGAGGAGUGCGAUAUUGACCACUGUGUCACAUAGCUCAAUCCCAUAGCUGAUGCAAACAUGUCUCACAGUUGUUGAUGUCAGUAGAAGCCUCCAGCGUGGGCUGGGUACUGGAGGGCAGCCUUGCUUUUGUGUAAGUCAGUGGGACAUAUUUCAGCAGCAGGAGAUUUGUGUUGCAUCACAGAAUGGUCAAUGUCCAGAGCUGACGCUGUCUGGGAUAGAGAAUCACAUAUUAUAGAACCACCCUCUGUAAUGCCCAGACCCAGUGCCCUUUCUGCUUAAGCUUAUCCCAGGCAGAGAUCAUUCUCAGAUGGAAUGAUUUCAAAGCAGAAAUGCCCAGUGUGCUUUCUGAUAUUCUCCACUCCUAUAUGCAGGAGCGAGUCAAGGCCGUUUCUUGGUUUCGCGCUCAAGUGCUGAAGGCUUUGUAGGACAGAACAAAGGUAGGGGAAUAUCAGCAUUCGGAAUAUAUCUGCGUAGUUCAGUCCCCACCAAGCAGAAAAACUCCAGAAAGAUGCAUGAGAACAACAUGUAUGUAUAUGUUGUAUGAGCUCUCAGAAAAUUAACUGUCAUAAAUCUGUGAUCAGCUACCAUCUGUGUAAAAUCAGAGGCUCAGCCUACAGCAGUCCUCUUGACACUGGUUGAGACUCAUCUCUUUUAUACGAAGGCCAUAGUUUCAUGGCAGCAUCCAGCUGAUGUGAACCAGCACUCCUCUUGAAAGGGUACGACCCAACUGCUUGCUUCUGCCCCAUACCGUCCUUUCCCUUGGACAUGUUCAAAUCUUACUUACAUAUGCUGAUCCCAGUCAGGGAACAGGUUCAAGUUAAAUGUGGUUCCUUGCUUCCAGGUUGCUCUUGACCUGGGUCAGACCCUCAAGCCAGUAGAGAGCAGCAGCACAGAGAUCAGCGGUGGGACAAGGAAGGUGGAGGCCAGAGUGUGAGGGGCAAUGGGACAUCAGCUUUCAGCAGCAGAACUAGUUUAUGCUUUUUUAAAAUGACUGUGAAACUAUGGAAGAACUUUCAGUGUCUACACUGCAGAUUAAUUAUGACUAAAGAUAUCACACAAACCUCAAAUCUUUUUUUUGUUCAAAAGCUUUUUUUAUCUGGAGCCAUUGAUGCCACUUGAGGGGUUAAAUUAGAAGGCUUAAACUGGAAAUUAUUGGAAGGCUCUUUCCUGGAACACAAGUUAUCCACAAGAUGAAGCUGUAAAGGUCACACUUUUAUGAACAGCUGUGUAUCACCUGCAUUUGCAUUGGAGGAUGCAAAGCAGUUCCCUUGGUUGCUUUCGUUCAUACAGUAAUUCCACCAAAAUAUAAUUCCUGUGGGACUUCUAAGCACA